UCCGGCUCCAGCUGGGCCCGAAGUGUUGCACUCACCACCAGCAGGCUCAGGCACUCGGGUCCCGGCCUGCCACCGCGCCAUGGCCACGAAGGCAGACGGUAGGCCUGGGGGGCUCCCCAGCGGUGGCUGUGACCUGGGCAUAGCCCAAGAGCACAUGCAAGCGGUCACCCGAAACUACAUCACCCACCCCCGUGUCACCUACAGGACAGUGUGCAGCGUCAAUGGGCCCUUGGUGGUGCUGGACCAGGUCAAGUUUGCCCAGUACGCUGAGAUUGUCAACUUCACCCUCCCUGAUGGGACUCAGAGAAGCGGGCAGGUGCUUGAGGUGUCAGGGACCAAGGCAAUUGUUCAGGUGUUUGAAGGAACCUCUGGGAUCGAUGCCCAGAAGACCACCUGCGAAUUCACAGGGGACAUCCUACGGACUCCAGUGUCAGAGGACAUGCUAGGUCGGGUUUUCAAUGGCUCCGGUAAGCCCAUUGACAAGGGGCCAGUGGUCAUGGCAGAGGACUUCCUGGACAUCAAUGGCCAGCCCAUCAACCCCCAUGACCGCAUCUACCCUGAAGAGAUGAUUCAGACGGGCAUCUCUCCCAUCGAUGUCAUGAAUAGCAUUGCCCGUGGUCAGAAGAUCCCUAUCUUCUCAGCAGCCGGGCUCCCCCACAAUGAGAUUGCUGCCCAGAUCUGCCGCCAGGCUGGGCUGGUGAAGAAGUCCAAGGCUGUGCUGGAUUAUCACGAUGACAACUUUGCCAUUGUCUUUGCAGCCAUGGGGGUGAACAUGGAGACAGCCAGGUUCUUCAAGUCCGACUUCGAGCAGAACGGUACCAUGGGGAAUGUCUGCCUCUUCCUGAACUUGGCCAACGACCCCACGAUCGAGCGGAUCAUCACCCCACGCCUGGCACUGACCACUGCUGAAUUUCUCGCCUACCAGUGUGAGAAGCACGUGCUGGUCCUACUGACCGACAUGAGUUCCUAUGCAGAGGCCUUGCGGGAGGUCUCCGCUGCCAGAGAGGAGGUGCCCGGGCGCCGAGGUUUCCCAGGAUACAUGUACACAGACCUGGCCACCAUCUAUGAGCGGGCAGGCCGUGUGGAGGGCCGGGGAGGAUCCAUCACUCAGAUCCCCAUCCUCACCAUGCCCAAUGAUGACAUCACCCACCCAAUCCCAGACCUGACGGGCUUCAUCACAGAGGGACAGAUCUACGUGGAUAGACAGCUUCAUAACAGACAGAUCUAUCCCCCCAUCAAUGUGCUCCCUUCCCUGUCGAGGCUAAUGAAGUCCGCCAUUGGGGAGGGCAUGACGAGAAAGGACCAUGGAGAUGUCUCCAACCAACUGUAUGCUUGCUAUGCCAUCGGGAAGGAUGUGCAGGCCAUGAAGGCGGUGGUGGGGGAGGAGGCGCUCACUUCCGAGGACCUGCUCUACCUGGAAUUCCUGCAGAAGUUCGAGAAGAACUUCAUCAACCAGGGUCCCUACGAGAACCGCUCCGUGUUUGAGUCCUUGGACCUGGGCUGGAAGCUGUUGCGCAUCUUCCCCAAGGAGAUGCUGAAGCGCAUCCCGCAGAGCGUGUUGGAUGAGUUCUACUCCCGCGACGGGGCGCCGCAGGACCCUGCGUCAGACACAGCGCUCUAGCCCUGCCCACAGUCAGACCCCAGACUGUGUCCUGGGACCCCUGCUAUACCCGUUCUACGCACGCCUCGAGUUCCACACACCCAACCAACCGCUUGAGUGCUCACGGUCCGCACCCCGCCCACUCCCACGCUUCAUCCCUCUGCCUGGAGUCCCUGCACUGGGCAAGAACAAAAGGUUGUUAAGCCUGU